AUGGUUAAUGAAGGGCCCUGGAAUACUAGUAGCAUAAUGCUUACUGAUGAAGAAAUUCCUUUAUCAUUUAAAAUUUGCGUCUUGCAAGGGGUUUAUGGUCCAGGUGCUGGAAAUGAUUACAGUGGGUCUUUAGGCGCUAGAAUUUCUUCAGUAUUUGUUAUACUAGUUGUUUCAACUCUCUUCACUAUAUUCCCAUUGCUUGCUCAAAGAUUUAAUUGUUUAAAAAUCCCGUUUUAUGGCUACUUAUUUGCUCGUCACUUUGGAACAGGUGUUAUUAUAGCUACAGCUUGGGUCCAUUUGAUGGAUCCAGCAUAUCAAGAGAUUGGGCCUAACUCAUGUGUGGGAAUGACGGGAAAUUGGGCCAAAUAUAGCUGGCCACCAGCACUAAUGUUAAUUGCAAUCGUGCUGAUUUUCUUAGUAGAUAUUUGUUCCCAAGCUGUGGUUAAAAGAAAAUACGGCUAUAGAAGAGGCCUCGAUCAUCAUCAUGCGGAUAAAAUAGAGGAGGCUAUUAUUACCGAAAGAACUAUUGUAUCACAUCCAUUUGAUGUCGAAGGUUUUUCUUCAGAAAACCUGUCGUUCAAUGGAAAGAAGUUAAGUGGAGAGAAAUUACAUGGUUUAGAUAUUGCCGAAACUUCAAAACCAACUACCGAAAUGCAGGCUGAAUUUAGUUUUAAUUCACAAAUCUCAGCUUUCUUGAUCCUUGAGUUUGGCAUAGUUUUCCAUUCUGUAAUGAUUGGCAUCAAUCUUGGUGCCCUGGGUGCGGAAUUUAAAACCUUGUACAUUGUUUUAGUUUUUCAUCAAUCGUUUGAAGGUCUAGGAAUCGGAGCUAGGUUAUCAGGUAUCCCUAUUCCUGAAAACAAGCCAAAAUGGCUCCCAUGGUUAUGUUGCAUUGCUUAUGGGUUUGUUACGCCAAUUUCUAUUGCCAUUGGAUUAGGUGUAAAAUCCAUAUAUUUCUCAAAUUCUUUCGCUGCUAAUAUUAUACAAGGAGUGUUAGACUCCCUCUCUGCAGGUAUUCUAAUGUAUACAGGUCUUCUUGAAUUAAUUGCCAGAGAUUUUAUAUUUAAUCCUGCAGCAACAGAUGACCUUCAAAGAUUAGCUUUCCUGAUUAUAAGCGUACUACUUGGAGCUGGUAUAAUGUCUUUGCUAGGAGAAUGGGCUUGA